AUGACCAAAGAAUUGCAAAGCCCAGAACGACAAACGGAAUCUUUGAAUCUCAAAAAAGAAGUUUCGGACGAGCCAAACAAAACUACAAAGACUAAAGAAAGGGCAAGUAGCCACCCAACAUCCAAGAGUGGAAUCUACCCUCAAAGCGAGGAUGAGGAUACCCUAAAACAAUUUUUUCCAAGAGUCAGUAUGUUGGAUUCAUAUGGGCUAUCCAAAAGCUUAAGGGAAAAGACGACGAAAUUGCACGCCUUAUCAGCCACUACGAAAGGCAGCGAUCGAAACACCUACAACAGUGCCAGGCUUAUUUUGACCAAACAAAAGCAAAGAAAGAGCGUCUCGAAGACCAAGUCAGGCAAUUGA